UUUAGCGGCGAGAAGCGAGGGAGAGGGCGUUAGUCUUAUCCUUGUCGUUUUUAUUCUUGCCAUGUUCUUAUUCUUCUCGCUCCUUGGAAAGUUGCUGAUAACUGGCGUACACCGCUCAUAGGAAGACUGGAAGACCGGAAAUUGCUCUGCGGUAGACCGGGAUAACGUUUGAACUCAGGAUCAUCCUCUCAGUCAAGUUAAUCAUCAGCAAGCAUACCGAAGACAACUGUCACCCCCGGAAGGCCGCCUGGCAGAGGGGUGGGGAUUUAACUUUCUAACGUCAGUAUCAAACAUCAGCAGCAUCGCUAAUGGUUACCUACAAUUAAGCUCAAAUCGGUAAGAAUGGAUUCGUCGUCAACAUUUGGAUUGUCCGACGAGACAUGCUUGGCAACCGUAAGAGGUCAGGAGCUGAGGUCUGGCCUGAAGGAGCCUAGGCUACUGUCGCUGAUUGAGCGCUCUGGAGACUUUAUACUGGGUGUUUUGGCCUGCCCUGACGCGGUCGUGUCGUGUCCUGUUCCUCAGUUAUCUAUACCCAUCAAUGCUAACUUCCAAAUAGUUCAGGAGGCUGAAGAGGCUCUUCUCAUUGACUUUCCCGGAGAUAGCUACCGUAGGUUACGUGUGCGAGGGGACAGGGCCCCAGAGCUGCUGCUGGAGCUCCAGAACGAUGAGCGCACUCGCACGUUCUUUACCCAGGUGAAGAGCGCAAAGGAACACGUUGACUCCAAAGCCUCAAGGACAUCCACAGCAAUGGAGCCCCACACUCCUCCACCCAGCAAGGGUCCCGCUCCCAUCCCACCGCAGAGAGCCAACAGACCCGCUACCUCAACUCUUCCUGGGGUAAACCCUCCCACGAUACCCACCGGUGCUCCCAGUGCCCCCGCGCCCAGCAUCAUCAACCACAGCACUUUAGCCAACCCGGCUGGACAUGGCGGCGGAGGGAACGUCGCUCAGUCCCUGGUGUCGGACUUUGGCUUUGAGGACACCUUCAACCGCGCCCUCAAGGUGGAGCAGAGCCACAACCACUCGCUCAAGGUGGAGGACAAGAAGAACCAACAGAACCGCCUGGUCGCCUCCCGAGAGCCUCCCCCCGUUCCCCCGCUCCCGCCCAGGAAGGCCUCCGUGGCCCCCUCCACCCCUCUGCCACCCCCGCCACCGGCUCCGCUGCCCAAGGACAGAGCGUCCUCCGGGCAGGGCAACAGCAACACCUUCAUCACGCCCGCCAAGCCAGAAUUUGAGCGUCUGGAAAGGUCCCCGUCGUGGAACAACAGCCCCACCAGCAACAACACCAUGCGGCAGGCCAUGAUCUCCAGCCAGGCGGGCCAGAGAGAGUACCUCAUCAAACACUGCCUGAGCAAGAAGGAGAAGGAGUACGUGGACAUCAAGAACUACAAGUUCUUCACCGGUACGUGGAAUGUGAACGGCCAGUCCCCGGACAGCAGCCUAGAGAGCUGGCUCUGUUGCGAUACAGAACCCCCAGACGUCUACGCCCUCGGUUUCCAGGAGCUUGAUCUGAGCACUGAGGCUUUCUUCUACUUGGACUCGUCCAAGGAGCACCUGUGGGCAGACGCUGUGGAGAGGAACCUUCAUCCCGACGCCAAGUAUGAAAGGGUCCGGAUCGUGCGCCUCGUGGGGAUGAUGCUGGUAGUCUUCGUCAACAAGAAGCACAAGAAUCAAAUUAAGGAAGUAGCGGCCGAGCAUGUCGGGACAGGCAUCAUGGGCAAAAUGGGGAACAAAGGAGGUGUAGCGGUGAGGUUUGUGUUCCACAACACCAGCUUCUGCUUCGUCAACUCCCACCUCGCCGCGCACGUGGAGGACAUUGAGCGCCGCAACCAGGACUACAAGGACAUCUGUGCCCGCAUGACCUUUCACCUGCUGGAUUACCCGCCGCUCAGCAUCGUCAAGCAUGAUGUGGUCAUCUGGCUCGGGGACUUGAACUACCGGCUUACUCUGAACGACGCCGCCGAAGUCAAACAGCUCAUCAUUCGCAACGAGCUGAAGAAGCUCCAGAAACAUGAUCAGCUCAACUUCCAGAGGCAGAACAACCAUGCCUUCACCGAUUUCAUGGAGGGAGAGAUUAACUUCAUCCCCACCUACAAGUAUGAUGCCAAAACGGAUCAAUGGGACUCCAGUGGGAAGUGCCGGGUGCCUGCCUGGUGUGACCGCAUCCUAUGGAGGGGGAAGGGAGUCGAGCAGCUCCAAUACCGCAGCCACAUGAAGCUGAAGACCAGCGACCACAAGCCCGUCAGCGCGCUCUUCAGCAUAGGGGUGAAAGUGGUGAAUGCGCCGCGUCACAAGAAAGUCUUUGAGGAGAUCGUUCGCAAGAUGGACAGAAUGGAGAACGACUUCCUCCCAUCGCUGUCUCUCUCCAUGACCGACUUUAAGUUUGAGAACGUGAAGUUCCGUCGGCUCCAGAGGGAGCGCUUCGUGAUCACCAACGACGGCCAGGUCCCCUGUCACUUCGCCUUCAUCCCCAAACUCAACGACACGCAAUACUGCAAGAACUGGCUGCGGGCCGAGCCCAGCGACGGCUUCCUGGAGCCCAGUGAGAACCUGGAGAUCUACCUGGAGGUGUACGUCAGCAAGGACUCGGUCACGCUGCUCAACUCUGGCGGGGACUCCGUCGACGACAUCCUGGUGCUCCACCUGGACCGCGGCAAGGACUUCUUCAUCACCAUCUCGGGGAACUACCUGCCCAGCUGCUUCGGCACCUCGCUGGACUCCCUCUGCCGCAUGAAGAAGCCCAUCCGGGAGAUCCCCGUCAGCCAGCUCAUCGACCUGGGAGAAGACACCUUCACUGAGAAGCAGGAGCAGACCAAGGUGAACUUCCUGCUGGUGGAGGGAGCCGGCAACGAGGACAAGCCUCUGAAGAUCCCCAAGGAGGUGUGGAUCCUGGUCAACCGCCUCUUCACCCAGUCCUGUCAACAGGAGGACCUCUUUCAGACCCCCGGUCUACAGGAAGAGCUGCAGAACAUCAUCGACUGUCUGGACACCAGCAUCCCCGACGCCAUUCCCGGCUGUAACCACUCGGUGGCGGAGGCGCUGCUGAUCUUCCUGGAGGCCCUGCCGGAGCCCGUGGUGUGUUACGAGCUGUACCAGCGCUGCCUGGAGGGCUCCCAUGACAGCCGCCUCUGCAAACAGCUCGUGUCCCAGCUGCCCCGCGCUCACCGCAAUGUGUUCCGCUACCUGAUGGCGUUCCUCAGGGAGCUGCUGAAGCAUUCCCACUCCAACAACCUGACGGCCAGCCUUAUAGCUAACCUCUUCGCCAGCCUUCUCAUACGACCCCCGCCCAACAUGGUGGGACGGCAGACCCCCCAGGAGCGGCAGAGAGGCAUCGACUUCAUCCUGGGCUUCCUCAUGGGUGGGGACGAGGAGUAGCCUCACCUCUCAGGAGUCAAGAGUGGGACGGGAGUCCACAGUACACAGCAUAAGCAACACCACCGCGAUCCAUGAUGUGUUUGGUCCCGCACCUCAUUGUGCUCGAAUCCCGGUCCCCGACAUCCUUUCUUUCUGCCUCGUAUUCAUCUCGGAGUUUGGCAGCGGUGUUCGGCAGAAGAAGGUUUGGAAAGGUCGGGACCGAUAACUAAUGCCCUUUUCGCUGACCUAAAGGACUCCUGCCUAGAGGAGUCUGGGAUAAUGUUUCUUCUUCUUCUUCUUCUUCUUCUACACUUGCAUUGUUUAUUGUAGGUGCUCAUGCCAAACCCUGCCCCCCCCCUACCACCCUCCCCCAUCUCUGUUGGACGAACUUUAUGAAUGUAAGGAGGGAUGUCUACUGCGUGAUGCUUUGCGGAUGCGGGCUCCAUUACACUAAGAACACAAACAGAAAACAAAACUUGUCGAUGUUUGGAAAAUGGCCAUCUAGGAUCUCCGGCACCCUCUUCUUUAUUUCUCUGGACGUUGUCGUUCCGGUUUUGGGAAGUCCCGCCUGGAGUUGAGCCGUGUCUUGUGAAUAUGGUAAAAUUGAUGAACUUGAGAUGACAAAGCUCUUACCAGGCAUCAUGGUCAAAUGGGAUAAUGGAGCGCAUCAAGUGAGUCAUAGGUUUGUGGCGUUAUACAGACCCGUGUUCGAAUCCCAACUGUGCAUAUCCACUGUAUAACUGUUAUUUAUUUUUUUUGCAUUAUCAAACCUCAUUCAUUCUUUCAUAACCUAAAUCAAGAAUUCCGCUCACUAAUUUCGACAGAAUUUGGACGUCAUCAGAUGGAUGUGUGCAUUUUUAUAUCCAAGUUUUAUUUUUUAUCUUCUGGUUUAUAUCUUGUCUAUAAGUUGUGAAUGUUUUAUAUUAUUCUAUGUCCAUUUCAAGUGUCAGCCUUAUAAUUAAUAUCGCAAGUUGCUUGCAAGUCAAGCCAGUACAGUACACUAACAAUAUGGAGUUAUGGCUCACCGCUUUGUUCCUCUAUGUAACUGUUGUGUGUGUGUUUGUAUAGUCGUGAUCCUGUCCCUGGCUGUGACUCCUGGGAAGUGGAAUCAUCUGCUGUUUGCGCUCGCGCUAGUGGAGUUUAAUGUCAUAUGGUAUGUGUGGUACUUGGGUGUUGUCUUUGUGUCUCAGUUUACCGUAUUUCUUUUUAGUUUUUGUCUGACCUACAAAUGUUGAUGAGAUCUCUUGCGGUACCAAAGCUUUUCCACUCGUGUGUCAACGUCAGGUGCAAUUCUGGAUGUUUAACAGCCAUUUGUCCUUUUUAAGUGGCUCUCUAUUUUAUGAGUGCAAGUACAAACAAAACGAUACAUACAUGUAUAAUAUAGCACAUAUGCAGUCCAUUAUGACUGUUGCUACCCCUAAACUAUUCUCUUUAAAAUGUCAACAUUUUGGUCAAAUUGGCCUACACUAAUUGCACCUUCCAAUGUUUGGUUUUGAAAGAGGUGUUUCUGUCACACACUACAUGAGCAGAAUAUUUGAUGUGUUCAAAACAAUGUGAAAACCUUUCCAUAUCUCACUCUGCAGACAAUCACGGUAACUAAGGAAGCACGUUUUAAGCCUGUUUUACCAGAUGUGUAUUAACGUUCUUAAGCCUCCAUUUCUUCAACAUCUCUGUGUUUGGUUCCUCUGUUGCACUGAAUCCAGUAAAAAAUAUUACGUUUAACCCAUCAUUUUAGGCUAGGUUUUGCCAAAUGGAGACUGGGAGUCUAAUGAUUUUAUUGAUGAUUAACUAAAUUGCAUAUAUUUAAAUAUAAAUGACAUUGGAUUAUUUCAGAUAUCUAGCCUUGCUUCCUCAGUCGUUGCUGGUAAGAUUCACUCUAGGUAAGACAGCCGUUCUAUGUGGUGUCCUCUACUCUUCAUGGGUUUUGUCAAUGAGCUGUAAGGUUACAAUGCAAAUGCUACUUAAUCUUGCACACCUUUUCAACUUGUUUUCAGAUGUUUUUUGGUACUUCUAAUUUAUUUAACAGAAAUAAAACAAUGGAUAAAUUA